AUGCAGAUCUCACAGUCUCCACACCCUGUUGCUCAUGGUAUGCAGAAGGAGGAUGUCAGGCUAUGGCUUCGCGGCGUCUGCCAUGAAUGGAGUCCAGAACGCUGCACUCUUGGCACUAGCAAAGAAAAGCAACUGCCGUCGCGUAAAGAGGUCCUUCGUUUAAACCACUCCGGCGGAUUCUCCAGUACAUUAUAUCCCCGAGACAAGGAGCAAAGGCGCGUAUUGCGCAUCGGAAUAGCGCAGCCCGCCUCCCGGGAGCGAGUCCUUAAUUCGGCUCGGAGGAGUGCAAAGACUGGUGUUGCAAGAGCGCGUCGAAUUAUAAAUUCAGAGUUCAAGCUGGUCGUCGACGUAUGCCAAGACUCGGAGGCUACAAGAGGACCCCCUGGCUCGGUUGUCUCGUGUUCGACUGAUUUCCUGCAGGUUCCUCCAAUACCUCUCGAUGAUUCCCCAUUCAAGCGUCGUGAAGAACCUACGUCCUCUGAUCUCCUCGUCGAGUCAGUGGCAUCAAAGGUCAUGAGAAGGAUUGCGGGCAUAGGAAUUACACCUGAGAUGCUGGAGGAUAUCAUCAAACAUAAAAAAGAAUAUCUCGCUUCCGGAAUGAUAUGCAACAAACGGUGCUGUACAUGGGGCUCUCGAAGAUUGGCAUUGCACCUACUGAGUCGAGACAUUGUUGAACCUGGUGCUGUGAAGGGGCUGCAUCCCGACACACUGUUAACUUGA